AUGUCGCAGCCCGUCGCCAGCGACACGCCGAAUGGCGCCAUCAACAACAAGACCAGCACUCAUACUGUCACUGCGCUGAAGAGAUGGUCUUGCGACGACAAGGACCUUCCCGGUGUGGACAAGAUCAAGUCUAUUCACGUCUACGACUUUGACAAUACGCUCUUUGCGAGCCCCCUUCCGAAUAAGCAGGUGUGGAAUGGUCCCACGAUCGGUCAGCUACAAUCGCCAGACAUCUUCGUCAACGGAGGCUGGUGGCACGAUGCCAGCAUCCUCGGCGCGACUGGUGAGGGCAUAGAGAAGGAAGAGCCGCGAGCAUGGGAAGGCUGGUGGAAUGACCAGGUUGCCAGCCUAGUCGAGCUCACGAUGGAGCAAAAGGACGCGCUCAACGUACUGUUGACCGGCCGCUCCGAGGAAGGCUUUGCAGACCUUAUCAAGCGCAUACUGCGCAGCAAGAGGCUCGAAUUCGACAUGGUCUGCCUCAAGCCAGCCGUCGGCCCUGCCAACCAAAAAUUCGCGAACACCCUAGCCUUCAAGCAAGAGCUUCUCCGGGAUCUCGUCUACACCUACAAAGACGCCGACGAGAUUCGCGUCUACGAAGACCGCCCCAAGCAUACCAAGAACUUCCGCGAGUUCUUCGAAUCGUUCAACAAGGCUCUGCUGUCCCCCGAUCCGCCAAUUCCUCGGAAGACCAUAAGGGCGGAAGUGAUCCAGGUCGCCGAAAAUGCGACUUCACUUGACCCGACGACCGAGGUGGGCGAGGUACAAAGCAUGAUAAAUGCGCACAACAAGCUUGUCAAGGCGGGCAAGGCCCCAAGAGGCUCUGUGCCCUGGCAGAUCAAGCGCACUGUCUUCUUUACUGGUUACCUUCUUGAGCCUCCCACUACUGAGCACAUCAGCUCCAACAUACUCAGUCUACCGAAUGUACCGGAAGGUGAAAUCCGCAUUCUCGCCAACAGCAUUCUCAUUACCCCAAGGCCUUGCCCCAGGAGCAUCCUGGAUAAGGUAGGCGGUAUUGGUAAGGUGCAGAGGUGGAAGAUAACUGGGACGGCCGUCUUCGAAAACAAGCUCUGGGCCGCGCGCGUGCAGCCUAUCCCGGCCAACUCCCGCAUCUACACCGAAAACCCGACUCCUACGAUUGUUCUCGCGCUUCGUCGCGGCGCGCGCCCCGCCGAUGCCGCACGCAUACAGAACUGGCAGCCCGUUGCGGACAACAAUGCCAUCGAGUUCGACACGACGGUUGGUGAAAAGGUGCUGCUCCGUCUCGAAGAGGAACGUCGCGGCGAGAGCCAAUGGGAGUCGUUCUUCCCAGGCCGCAAGCGCGGAAGGGCAAGGGACGAAGAGCUCGACAUCAACGACACAAACGCCUUCCCAGCGCUCGGCAACGGCGCGGACAACGGCGGCGCCACGCUGGCCCCCAACCAGCGCCAUAGCAACUACAACAGCUUCAAGCCGCUUGCGCAGGGCCAGGGUGUCUCGGCUCAUGCCGCGUAUCAUCAUAGGAAUAACGACGAGAACCGCCGUCAGGGCGCCUCGGGCGGUGGUGGUGGGUAUCGCGGUGGAAGCCAGGGUAGGGGCCGUGGCCAUGGUGGUCCGCGUGGAAGAGAUGAUAGGGGUAGGGGACGUGGUCGUGGUGGUGGGAGGGGAGGUAGGUCCCGUGGUGGGCACUACAAGAGUCUGGAUGAUGUGGGCGACAAGGGUAUGGGCAAUGGGUUUGGUGGCUAUGAUGAUGGUGGGUAUGGGUAUUGA